GGUGGGCUGAUCGUGCACGCUGUGGAAGAAAAUGAAGUUCAUCCUGACAACGUUGCUUAUUGCCUCAACUGUUGGUGCAUUGAAGAACCUGGUUGAUCUCUCAGCGGCGAGGUCCAAUAGACUGCAUCAUUUGCUUAAAGGUAAAUUUCAUUUAUGUUCAUGUUUUCACUUAAACAUAAUUGUUUGAUUUGUUGAUAAGUUAACCAAAGAUACAUCUCUCUCUUCCCUUAUUUAUGAGCUACGAGUCGAUAUCAUUUUGUCAAAACUUUUUUUUUCGGUAGAUAUUAACUUAUAGAUAUUUUUUUUUCUGCCCAAUCAGUCGUAUUUAUUUUAACUAUCUCAUCGUACUUAACUUUCUCGUCAAUCAGCAUAUUGCAAUGGACUGUUAAUGCUUUUUUCCCAUUCAUUACAUAUGCCAGAAAACUUUGCGCACAAAGUGCCUCACAUACCAGCGCGAUAAAAAAAAAUUAAAAAAAAAAAUUAAAAAAUCGGUUCAUUUCGGUUCACUUGUCCUAUUGACAAAAUUAAUUUAAAAAUUCCUUCUACCGUGCGACUCUGUGAAAAAAAACCAGCUUUAUUGUAUCUCAAGUUACAAAACAUAUUUUGCAAUAGGCUUUCCAAGCCAAAUCUACCUUGAGGCCGACAUUUUUUCCGCUUCAGACAAAAGCCUCCUUGUGUUGCCUGGCAACAGUGUCAAGUGUUUUCAGAUUAAGGGCCCUUUAGAAUACGAAAUAACGAGCUUAAGGUUGCAAACAUUCUUUCCACGUUUAGGACAGUGCGUCUGAUUUUCUUCGACAAUGGACAGUCUGAGUUUUUGACAAACAAGGUUCUUUUAGGUUAUCAAGGCUUUUUGGAUGAACGAGUUUCUGUUGAGCGGGAUUCUUUGAGGCUGACAAAUUUUCCGCAUUCAGGGAAACCCUUUGUUUCGCUCGUACAAUAGACAUUCUGACACUAAGAUCGACUGUUCUUAAAAUUGAUCAGGUUUAUAAAUAGAUCUGGAGACAAAUGGUAACUAGUAAUCAAUUGCGAAUGUAAAACUUCAGCAAAUCGUUGUUAAGGUGGAUCAAAAUUAUUUAAUUAUUUUUAAACAUCAUUUCUUGAUUGAUCCUGCGCGAAUCUUUCACCGUUUUUAGUUUGUUAAAAAUUUUCUUCAAAUCAUUACUCGACAAAUUGUAUCAAUUUUUCAUUUAAGAUUAACACGGCACAAUAUUACACCAAUUAUUUUAUCUUUAGGGACCGUAAAUCAAAAACAGUUUACAUGAUCCCAUAUGAUGGUAAAAACUGACUGCAAUUGGUAGUACUCUAUGCUAGUAGCUCAUGCAAUGAAAAAAAAGCUAAUGAGCUAAUUGUUUCGACUGCGGCCAUAGUUAUUUGGUAUCGCGUACCCGAGACAACCCACCCCCUCGAGACUACUUUAUGGAGCGUUUAUCUGAAGUUGUGAGUUGUAACAGCUGUCCCCUCAUCAGUCUCUUCCCUCGCCUAAAACACAUGGUCUCGGGCUGUCGGGCAGGCAAGCCGAAGUGUGUACGCGAGAAAACGAUGUCUCGCCAAGGCGAGACAACACUCCCUAUCGAGUUGUCCCACCCCCGAGACAAGUUCGCCGGUUUCAGGUAAACGGUUGGUUGAAUUUUCCAAAGAAAUCAAUCAAAAGUUAGCUCGGCUAGGGAAACUGGGGGGAAGGGUUGUCUUGAACACUUGAGACCAUAUAAAUGGGCCUUGAAUCUUUAACUGCCUUUGGUUCAUAAAUUGAUAAUCAUGAUCAUGGUAAGCCCUGUUAAACGCGUCCCUAAACUCGACUUGCUCUCCAUCACUUAGAUUUCCUCAUAAUGUUUUGUUCAUCCCAGAUGGGCCCAUUAAUGCCAAGAAACUCAUGGAAAAGCCUUCUCUAACCGAGACAACAGCUCACCUUGCUCGUCUGUUGAAGAAAGGAGAACAAAUGAAUGACCAUCACGAGGUGGGGGAGGAGGAAUUUGGAUCGAGAUCUGGAUCAGGAUCGGGGCCGGGACCGGACCCCGAAAAAACUGCAGUGGUUGCAUUGGCCCAUGUGGUAAGAAAUUCACUUUUAACAUUUGACGGAGUCUUUGAUGAAUAAUUUUUGAUUCGAACACAUACAGUUUGCAUAACUGCGAAUAUAUGUAAAACAUAUUUGUGAAGAAACUGCGAAGAUCGCCUUCAUAUUAAUUACAUACAGCUAUGUCUGGGACUCACAUGAAAAUUAGGAUAAAUACAAAAUAUUGUUAAAUCGAAAGUUUUAGUUUUAAAAUUUAAAUUUAGUUUUAUAAACUUUGGGGACCAAUAAUAGCUCCCUUUUUUGAACUGCAGAUACAAAAAAUCAGGCGAGCUUUGAAAACAUUGAAGGACGCUAAGGACAAACAGGAUAAGGGUAAUUAACAACAUCUUAAUUUGCGACCGUCAGCAGCUCUGUACCGAUAGUUAGAUCAAUCUUCUUUUUUUCCCACGUGUUCUAUUUUUUUUGUAGAUGAGAUAUGUUUUUCAUUCAGGUCAGGUUUAAGGUUGAAUCCCAAUUCAGAUGGAAGCAUGGGGAUAUAAGGCAUUCUAUCAAAGCUGAAGGAUUUGAAUUUAUCAGAAGAGCAGCUUGAAAUAUUUGUGAAUGUCGGGGGUUGUGUCAUAUUUUGUAUUUUUGCAUUUGAAUGAUUUUUUUUUUGGUUUAUUUUGCUUUGCUUUGUGUUUUUGUUUUGCUUUGUUAGUUCGUGUUUAAUUUGUAGAUGGGCUUAAAAAUUUCAAAUACACUGCACGAGGAUUUUUCAGCUAUUAAAUUUGUAUUCUUUAUCAUACUUCAGUUCGUCUUCAAUAAUAGGCUCUUAUGCUUUUAAUUUUCAGCUGAUGCUGAAGCUUUCCUAAACGUGUUGAAGCACGGAAACGUUACUGAGGUCAAGGAGAUUUUGGGCCAACAUGCGAUGGAACGGCACAUCAGAUGCCAAUAUGUCAAAAAGCUUUUUGCUAAUUACAUUCACAAGACAGGUGAAAUACUAAAUGUCCUUUUUCCUUUUUAAAAACCCACUUUUGUUUUUAUAACUCCCUCAAAUUUGUAGAGAUAGAAAUUUAAAACACUCAUUCAAUAGACUAUGGAAGCAUUUUUAUUUUUGAAAAUAAAGGGUAAAACUUAAGUGUUCUUUUCCGAACUUUAUAUAAUUCUGCGAAUACUAUUCGAGAUGACAAACUUCUAAAUAAUUUGAUUUAUCCCUACUCAUGUUACGAGUGGAAGAAUUAAUUCUGUAUCAACUUACAGACUGAAUUUCUUUUCUUGUGUAGAGUUAAUUAAGUUGUUGGCUAAUGACAACUUAAAUUUCGAAGAGAGAAUGGGCCAGGUUCUCAAAGAUUCGGAACUCAACGAACAAGCAGGUGAGAAUGUUGAAUGUGCAAAUAUCUGUCGCGUGUAUUUACUUAUUCUAUACAAACAAGGUAUUUGUUAUAAUUAUUAACUCUUUUAUCAUCUCUAAUAUCAUAAUUAUUGGAUAGAGGGCUUGUGCAUUUAACGGUGGGGCAUAGCAGCUAAUUGUUUUGUGGCCGAUGGUGUUACGCAUGACAAAGUUAAGUAUUUAGACGUUGCUGCUUGUGUUCCUCAGUGCAACAUGGUCACACUAAAACAAAGAGACUCUGAGAGCAGAUCACAGCUUUUUUUUCUGUGCGUGUGUGUGUGUGUCAGAGGAGUAGGCUUGAUGUUUCUUAAAAUAACGGCCGGCCAUGGAUUUCAUUUCUUUGGGGUGUUCAACAUAUGAAUCCAUUCGGUAUUUUUUCCUCAACUUAGACGUUUUUGAAGCAUUUGUCCACAUGGCUUUUGAACACGAUCUCUUGGAGCAUCCUGGUGUAAAGGCUGUAAUGGAAAUUGGUGGGAUGCUGGCUGAGACAUACUGUGACACUAACAUGGAUGGUGAAUAUGAAAAAUUUCUUACCCUCUCUAAACUAAAACCUUCCCUCCCUAAUAAAGCACCCACUUCAUUUAUAAACCUCUUCAUUGACCCUUUGCCUCUAAAGAGUGACUAGCAUCUAAUUUCUCCCCACAAUGCCACCCCCUGAAUCAAACAUGAUCACCAACUAUAAAGUACCUCUUCAUUGUUAAACAAAUUCUCCUUUUCAGCUCCACAGGAAAUGUAUAGAGAACAGUAUGGAGAAUAUGCAUACUGAUGUUAGGGUGUAAAGGGUUAAGAAGCUUGAUGUUUUUUUGUUGUUGUUGUUAUCAAAGUAUGGAAAAUAUCUAUCGAGGUAAUCUUUGUCAGUUCUCCUAGUUUGUUAACCUCUUUUGCUAUUCCUAGUUUCCUUAGAAAGUCUCUUUCUCUGGCUUGCCUGCCUUUUGCAUUUUAACCUUUUUCGUAUAUCUGUAUAAACCACAGGUUAGAAAACUUUUCAAGCAAUCUCUAGAAAUAUAUUUUUUCUGUCGUCAUUGCAAUUGUAUUUUUGUUUUGAUAUUCGGCAUUUGUUGUUUUUAAGGUUUGGCUAACUUGAUAAUCCAUUACGUUGACCAAUCUGAUCCUCGUGGCAAAUUUGAUGUCUCCAAGAAAAUAAAUCCAUAUGUUUAUGCAGUGAACAGUGGACAGUGUAUGAAGAGAGGUAAGUCAGGUAACGACAUUGUAAAAUUUUAACCAGGAAUACACCCAACAGCACAAUCAAUCAAAGCAGUGCUUAGGGUUUUUAAAGGAAGCUUCAUUUUACGAUCAUUGACGUAUUGGGCUUUUUCUUUCGGUUUCAUUGUUCGUCUGUGUUCUGUUCCUUUUUCUUUAUUUUUUCUACCACGAUCACAAUUAUGACCAUCAUUGUCAAAAUCCGUGUCGUUACUAACGAAAAGAGAAAUUUUUGUCGCGUCAGUGGGAGAGAGGAAGGAAGGGUUGCCUCACACUAACUGCCUAUAAAAAAUAUUAAAUUACGGACAUGAACCAUGUGAACAUGUUCUGUUUCAUAGACUGUUAUGGCAUUCUUUGAUACCCUACAAUCCGUAGUAAUCCCAUUUCCACCUUUCUUUUUUAUCAUUUUUCUCAUUAUUUCGAUUUCAAGGUCUGUUCAGAGGAGCUGGACCAAAAAGAAAAAGAAGCCUCAAGGAAAAAGCACUAGACCUAGUGUUUGAGAAUCACAACAACAACGACUGCGGUGAAGGUGCGUACGAGCUUUUGAGGUAAAACUUUUCCUCACUUUCGCAAGCCUCGUGUUUUUAGCAUUUUUGCUUAGUUUUUUCUUCCAUGCAUGAAGUCUAAGACGAAAGUUAGGACUAUUUCACCAUACAAUGACCACAGUGACAAUUAUUUCCUCGUAAUUUUCUACGAAAUUUCGUUAGUUUUUCUGUCUGAGGAGCAAAUUACGUCCAUUAAUAUUUCAGAGGAGCAAAAACGAAGUGAUGACGAAGUGAAAAAGUAUUUCUGUAGGUUUUAUAAUUGAACCGAACGAAAGAACUUCCCUGAUUUCAAUUUAAAACCUGUGAGAAGACUGCAAUGAAGAACGAGAGCCAAUAUUUUGGUUUACCUUUUUUUUCUUUGGGUGCGUUUUUCCGAUGAGUGUGAGAUCGGUUUUUUUUCCUUGUUUUGUGCUUUUGCUUCGUGGUCUGUUAAGCAAACAUAAUCCAUAUCUGCAUUGAAUUCAAUCUCCAUCAAAUAUGUAUCAAUCAGGGUUUACUUGCAUUUUAGUUUGAGUCAUCUGGAAAUGCAUUGCACCAACUGUUGCGGAGCUGAAGGUUUUAAUGAGAUUUAAUGAAAGAAUUAUUCUAUUCGCGCUUGUUGGAUACGAAACUGGUUAAAGCCAACUCGGCGCUACUCUCCUCGUUGGAUAUUUACCAUCUCAUACCCAACCCGCACUCACGGAAUAAUUAUUGGAUCUAUAUAACGCUGGCACAGUUUUGGAGUCAAAAGAAAAAAAGGGAAAAGAAUGCCAGCAUAUGAAACUGAUAUCGUACCCCUGAGGGGAGCCUGUCAGGUCAUUUUGUCUUUUCAGAUCCAAGCCCCACUUUGUUGUUUCCAAAGUUAUUUUUUUUACCAAUAUGGAAUGGUUUUUCUCUUUUUUAGUGAAACUCAUACGGUCAAUUGUACGACUCAUCCAUGAGGUAAGUACUCAUCCCAAUUUCUGUAUUGUUACAAAGUUUCUAUGGUGUAGGGAUGGCUGUUAGAAAAAUGAACUUAUCUCGUAUCAAUCACAUUACCCGUUAGGUGCUUCGCAACUCAUAUGCCGUAACCUUAUUCUAUACAGCUAUGGCUUCUCACUCGCUGAACUUAUUUGUGGAUAAAUUAAAAUUAGCUUCAAAAUGUUUAAUUUUGAUUGAGGAAAUCCACCAAGGGGCUUGUCUUUUGUCUUCCCCUCCCUCCUGAUUUUAGUAGUACUUUGGAUAUUUUUUAACUGUCCAAAAUUACCACCAAUAAUCUGCAUGUAGCUAGAUAAUUAUGUUCAGUGGUAGACAUGUAUUCUCACAUUUAAUUUUUAAUAAGUUAUGGUAAUGCUAGUCGUCUGGGAAGGUUUAUGAUCUGUACUUUAGUAAGACCUAAUCAUAUUUUGUUCCAUUUUUCAGGGUGUAAAGGUUCACAAAAAGUCUGCAGAGCUACAGUAUAUUACUCAGAUAUUUGAAGAUGGUAUGUACCUAACGCCAUGAACUGUCCGUCAAAGUCCCCCCCGCCCCACCCUUACACACACUUUCCUCUUUUCCAGUUGUGGACCCAUCUACAUGUACCCCAAACAAGACACCUGCUAACGUGUUCCCUCGAAUAUGCGCCUCUUCUUUUAUAAGCUUUGAAAGCCUUCUGAAGUUACAAAUCUUUAGUAUUUACGAGAGUCCAGCUGGACACAGCGAUUUAUGGUUUGUAACUUUCUGGUACUCGGUUGUCUCCAGAAGAAUUUUUUAAGAACAGAGAAUAAAACAAUAAAACAAUAAUAACUAAUAUGCUAAAAGAAAACGUGUUUAUUGACUUUUUCCUGGAACAAAAUCCCAAGUAAAGGAAUGAAAAAUCGAAAAAAGUUAAAAAAACUCCUUUGUUUAUGGAAGAAAUUAGUCAAAAGUGGACAAAAUCCAAGGUUCUUUCUUACUGUGGGUCAGUUCGUAGUAGAUAACAUGAGAGGGGCCAUCAUAAUCGGUACAGUUAUCGAGAAAUAUUUAAAGGAAGCGGCUCCUCCACAAGCAUCUACCUAAUCUUCCCAAGCUCCUCCGUAACGAAGUGUAAGUAAAGGAAUUUUAAAUCUUGCUAUGUUCAUGAAAACUGUAACCGUUCUCGAAGUAAUUUGGAAGGAAAUUGUAUUUACAGUACUUUAGUGAUCAAACUAUUGAUAGAUAAAGAAAUAAAGGUGUGAUGCGCUGGCAAAGCUGAAAGUCUUUGGCUUUAACUCUUAACAAACAAGACCCGUUUCGAAACGGUCGGCACAUGUGAAGCAACCUCGUGCAAAAAUUUUUGAUAGAUAAUAAAAUGUUGCUUUUUCUCUCUUGUAGAGCUGGUAUGGAGAGCCACAUUGACUUUUUUCCCCUCUGGAUAUGCAAAAACAAACAAACGAAACAAUAAAGAAAGAAAAAAAUGUAGAUUCAUUUGUUUCAUUUAAAAGGCUAUGGUCAUUUCCUCUUUAGGACAUGGAAUAACUUUAGCAAAAAAAAUCUCACUUACAAAGUUCUUUAAUUUGUCGUACCGUUUUUAUUCAACAAACUGGUUGCGCCUUACCGUAUUGUGCUACUCCCAUAGUAUUUUUGAUAUCUAAGUUCUCUUGUGUUAUAAUUUUCUCUUUGAAGCAAAUAAAAUCCGAGGGAGAAACUAUUGACUGUGUGUUUACUGUCGUGAAUGAAAUAACUGUGAACUUCACGAAGAUAUAGUACCUUUUUUUCAUUUCAAACCAUGGUAACUGAUAAUAAACUGAUAUUGACUCAGUAACCAAAAAAACGAGCAACAAAACUGAGUAAAUAGUUUUGAGGUCGACUAGUAACACCCCAAAAGUAAAUAAGAAAAAAAUAAAUAUAAGAAAAAUUAUUUUGAAUGAUAACUUGGUCCGUAGCAGAGUAUUUGAUACACGUAAACCCUCAAAAUCUAAGACUGAACGCAACAUAAACUACGAAGAAAUUCAAACGGCCCAACCCCCCUCUCCUCCUCCUCCUUACCCCUUCCCCCCUCCUUUUUUUUUUUUUUUUUUUUUUUUUGGAUGUCAGUCAGAUGUCAGCCAGAUAGCUUGUGCGCCCGAGUCCCAGCAUUAAAGCGUGAUAAAGUCACGCAUAACUAGCAAGGAUAACUGGGUCAAUAGCUUUAAUUACUUAAAGCGAUGGCUUGGACUCUUAAAUAGUUCACUUAGUUAACUGAGAUGAAUGGGAGUCACUUCGCAAAUAGGAGGAGUUAGACCGAUAAGAGGCAGAACACCAGCGGUAAAGAUCACCUCUCUAUCUCUUAUUUCCGGCACAUAACUUCCGACAUUUUUUAGGAUUAGCGAUUGAUGGCAUCACGGUCAAUUAACUAAGGGCUAACUACACGAUAACAUUUUCCGCAAGCAGAAAUCUGUCGAUAGAGCUCUGUUUUCCAUUUCUGUCUUUUGAUGCGUCUAGUUCAUUAGUUGAGAAUGUCAAUCAUUCUGUUCUAUGAAUGAUUCGUGAACCCUGAGUCAAAGAGGAUAAAAAUACAAUGACUUAUAUUUACAGACAAGGUCUUAUUAAGAGUUUUGAGUUUUCUUCGCAAGUUAUAUUCCAUGGCAUUUUCACAUGCAGCUCAGCCCCCUGAUCUGAUGAUCAGUACCUGAAUUAAUCUUUAACAUUUUGUUUCUUAAUUCAAACACACUUUCAUAAAUGUCAGUAAAUAUUAUAAAUAUUGUGAAUAACCGAUGAUUCACGCAGACGUCUUGGUGACAUCUCUAACAAAGAUUUUGUUUUUACUAAAAAAAACAACAACAAUUCAUUGACCAUUUUCAAUUAAACUGAUUGGAAGCAAUUAAUUCAGUUUUUCCGCGUUGUCAUCAUUUUGUAUCAAUGCUUAAAAUAUUUAAUUCGCUUAUUGGUGUAAAUAUAUAAAAUUAUGAGGGAGGUUUUAAACUCUAUGGCAAAUGAAGCGAAUACCUAUUUACAGCUGUGAGGGUCUUAAGUGUACCUACCGAAGAUAUUUCAAAUCAGUACCCAAUUAAAAAAGUGAAAUUAUCAUGUCCGUUUCAUGAAUCUGCAAAAUUUCCUUUCAACUUGAAUCGGGUAAUUUUAGCUUUUUCCGCAAUGUAUUUUAUUUGUAUUCCCUCGGGGAUCAUUUACAAAUGAUUUAAAUGAUUUAAUACAAUGCCUAUAUUAAUAAAAACAAUGGUUAGAGAUCAACAUGUCUAUUGUUUGACCACAAGUUCAAGAUCAAAAUUCUCCCAAUACAGAGCAAUAACAUGGAAGUUAGUCGAGAGAAUUUAAGUGUUCAUCAUUCAGAAUCCUGUCCAGCUUACCACUUGACUAAAUAUAGAAACAGCGUUGGGAGAAAUUGAACAUCGAUGCAACGCUUUGUGAUGAAUGGAUGACUCCCACACAACAACGCGACACGAUAUCAUUAAUCUCAGUUGUCUACCAGGUCAGCCAUCCCGUGCAAAUCAUUUCUAAGUGAAGGACAGUGAGGCAAGAUGAAGUAUAUCCUUGUGACUUUGCUUUUCGUCUGUGCUGCUGAGGCAUUUCAGAGCCAGGUUCAUCUUCCUGAGAAUACGGUCCGCAACAAACUAACUGAGCUAGAUCGCUACCUGCAAGGUAAAUAUUUCCUUUAUGAAACUUCUUAUCAGUCAUCCAUUGAUCGUAACGUCUCGAACUAAUGGUAAUAGAAUGUUCCCAAGUCACUGUAGAGCGCCUGCUUUCUUAAUUCGGAAUAUCAUUGAAAAAAAUUUUGAAUUGUAGGAAAUGGGAUAAAAAAAAAAGAUGAGCUAAGACUUGAAAGGGGACAUAGAACCCGUAAAAAUCCCGACAUGGUAUUAGAUGUUCUAAAAGCUUUUAAAUCACGAAGAAUCACUCAGUCGUGAGUUCUGAGUUCUGGCCAAGAGAUGAAAUUAAACACACAUAAAAAACAGUUUGUAUAUUCUAGAAUACGGCUAAAGAGAAAUUCCUCUUUGCCAUCAUUGUGUGCAAUCUAUUGACAAAUCAUACAUGUUAUAAAUCAGUUCUCCUUUCCAAAACAAAAUGCACAAUGAGCAGCUGCAAAUGAUAAGAAACAUAUAUAUAUUUUUGGUGAAAUAGUUAUUCCAUAUGCAUUGAUCAAAACAUCAACACACUUACUCGUCAAUUAGCAUAGUUUUUUUCUGCAAUCCUAAGAGGACUAUAAGCCACCAACUAACCAUCAAAAUGAAAAUUGUUAAUUAAAAAGUUGGUCAUGCAAAGCUAAAACGAAUUGAAUGGACUGUAAUUAAAUUCUGUCUCGUGAUAUGCUAGUCACGUUGAAUUUUGCAUUUUUCCGCAUUUCGCGAAAGAUUGCCAAGUGUUGUCAUGGCAAUAUGACAAUAAAACUCGAAUAACAAAAAAAAGUAUUUUCCUUUUUCAUUAUUCUUGAUCUCUUCUCGUUCCUUGCUUAGUUUGGUAGCAGGACUAACUUAAAUUUGUCUCAAUGCAAACCACAUACUAGUAAACACUCGCAACCCAGAUUCGUACAUGUACUUUGUAUUAAUUUGCACCACUCUUUGCAGUGAUCAAAUCCGGGAUCGUAUAAGAGGUAAAAGCAAAAUGAAGACACUCCCAAUUGACUCAUAAUUAGCUGCGCUACAAAACAGCUUCGAAAACUUUAAGUUUACAGCAUCCUUGUUCCAGAUUUUAGAGCUUAACGUGGUCAUUAAACCACUUCGCUUUUCAACUAAGUUGUUUCAUAAUUAUUCACGAUAUACUUUCUAUGUUGCACAUCGCAGAAGGAUUCCUUAAGCAGAUUGAGUUCUUCAAUUACAAUGUGCUUUAGACUGUUAAUGUCAACAGUCUAUAUUCUACUUGGGUUUUUCUUUAUGUGCAGAUCAUAUGCUGUACCUCAGAAAAUAAAGGAACUGAAUCAACACUUUCCACACUGAUAAUCUUUCCGUUGCGCUCAAGUGUGGAAAUGAAUAAAGGAUUAGCUGACUGGCUUCGCUUUGCCAUGCUAUGUUACUGGUCCACAGUUAUCGUACCACCAUCUCAGCUAAUCAGUCUCAGACCCAGUCUUUUUCUCGAGCGGGCAAUAUAUAUUAAUUCUCAAUGACUCAUUGGUUGCUUGUGUUAGUUUCCAUGGCUUUAAUUUGAUUGUUCAAAUACACAAUUAAAAAAAAUGUCAAUCACUGUUUUUCGCAGAUGGACCGGUGGAUGUCAAUAAACUCAGACAUCCCUUGAUGACUGAGACCACGGCUCGCUUUGCUCAUCUCUUAAAAACAGGUGAUCAGAUGAAUGAUCAUCAUGAACAUGAACAGGAUGAGGGGGUGAUGUCUGUGGAGGAGGCGGUGGCAGAAUUGGCUGAUUCGGUAAGUGUUUUAUUGAUGGCCUUUGCCUUAUCUUUUUUAUUAUCAUCAUUUUCAUUUUAGAAAAUUGUUUUGAUAACUUUGAGUUCAUUUGCUCUUUUGAAAGAGUGCUCUACUUUUGCCGGCCUUGAUCAAAGCAAAGUUCUUAUACCUGAAAAGAUCAUUUUGAUACUUAACAACUAUUCACUGAAGUGGAGGCGGCUAUUAGUGGAUAUUUACCAGGCAGCGAAACGGUGAGGUUAAUAUCCACCGCGAGACACCGACACUGAGGUGAAUAGUUGUUUUAUUAUAUACUAAAAAAGUGAGAUAAUACGGCACAAAAAGAUGAUCUUUAACUCAUUUAUUUCAGCAACGACUUCAUGUUUUUGGGCGCAAAUCCUGGGUGAAUUUCUCGGAGGUGAAUAGCAAAGACUAUUCGGAGUUGGGUACUCAAAAAGAGCGCACCUUCAACGCUAUGCUCUGUUUUAGAAUAUUUUAUAAAUAUUAUGCUCUGAAUGAAAGAAUCCAAUGAUUCCCUAUGCUUUUCGAGAUUAUUAUGCAUGUAUAUAAUCGAGCCUGAUCUGCUCGAGUCUAGUUGCAUUAUCUAUGAUAAUUCUAACAGAAAUAUAUUUCCCUAGUUGAAUGAGAUCGUACCGGCUUUGGAGACGCUAAAGGAAGCUAAAGACAGUAGGAAUCAACGUAAUCAUACAUACUCUUCUACUUUCAUUUUGUUCUCAUUUUGAUAAAAUAACUUUUGUCGCGUAUCUUUAAGUUGUCUCCAAGUUUCAAGCUUUACCGGUUUUUUCCUGUCGAGUUCGAAGACGAUAUUUCAUCGCCCAUUGACCAACGACCAUUUUUUUUCCAUUUUUGUCUCUUAGGAGUAGAGAUAAGAUAUUACAAGAUCAUUAUUAAUUCUUGGACCUACGAGGGAACAAAGAAGAAACCCUCGCUUGAAGUUUUUAUCAGAAUUAAAUCCGGGAGAAUUAAAUUGGAAGUUCAUGCAGACAGUUCAUUCACAUAUUAGACCUUAACGCUAAAUUAUUGUCGACACUGACACAUAGAUCUGGUCUAGCAUUUCCCAAGGCACAAACCAAUUAAAAAUGUUAGAGCUUAUUAAAAAUGUAUACGACAUCUUAUCAGGAAACAAAAAAACAAGCAAAAGAGAAAAGAAUAAACAACAGCAACUUAGAACAAAACAAAAAUUAAAAUUCGCCAUUGAACUUUAUGGGUAUCCUGCAGCAUCUAACAGGAUACGCCUCCCCAUCGAUAGGACUUAGUAAAAGUGUCAGUUAGUGUGUAAAUAAAGGUUUAAAAAUGACAGUUUGUUUCGUUUUAAAUUUCAGAAAAAGCUCAGGAAAUGAUACAUGCUCUACAAUUCGAACCCUCAAAUGAAGCGGUAAAGACAUUACUGGGACGCCAUGUUGUUGACGACCACGAAAAAUGUGAAAAAAUCAAAGAGGAGUUCGUCUCGUUUCUGCGUUCUAAAGGUUGAUAUUCAUAAGUUAUUCGUAAUACGAGAUCAAUUACAGGCAAUCUCAAUUCCGUGGAUAGAGCAGCAAUUGAGUGUCGCAAAACCCAAAACCAAAGUAAAAGCAAUAGCCAAUCAGAACAGAGCAAAAUAUCACAAGGAGCCAAUGCUACGCGAGUAACAGAGUCGCGAUUGGUUUUAAUUUGAAUCUGAUCAGAUAAAAUGGUGGUACAAAUUUUCUGGAGCAAUCAUUGAGCAAAGUUAAUUAAAAUUAAAGCUAACCGGAAUUUAGGAUUAUUUGCGAAGCUCAAUUGCUUUAAAUUUGAGGGGUUCAUAAUUACGUUAUCACCUCUUUCCAAUUUUUAAUUUAAUUUGUAGUUCUUUAUUUGAUAGAAAGUUUCAUUUCCCUUAGUUAAAAUUGUACUUUAUCUUUGUAUGCUAAUUAAUUAUCUAGACUCUUUAUCUUGAUUACGAACCUGGUAUCAAGAGCAGAUCAUGAUGGUCGAUACAGGGUGUCACGUCGUUUCACAGGAAAGGAGGGGAGGGGAGGGUAAGGACUGGAAUAGACGGACCUUGAGUCUGGGUAAAGAUUUAAACGUUGCGUUUUAUUUUUCACAGCAUUACUCCAAAAAUUAAAAGUUGACGAGUUAGACUUUGGGGAAGAAACUGGUGAGGCUCUCGAAGAAGCUGACCUCGGUAAGAAAUCCAACUGAAACGUAAAUGCUUUCAAACUCUUGAAAUUCAAGGCUUUUUCUUUUUAAUUGGAGCGGCCUAACCGAGAGCUUUGUUAAGGGACUCUAUGUAAACUUGCAGAAAAACAAAAAGUCACUUCUGCGUCAUAGCAAAUAAGACUAUCUCAAACAAUAACUAGAGCAGUACUGUCAAUUUUUGCUCUUCGUUAUUCUCAGCUGGUCAACCGUAACACUGAUUGUGCCUUUUAUUGCGAGUUAAACGAGGAACUUUCGUUCAUGAAAAUUCUGUUAUUUCUGAUUGCAAUACAUGUGAGUAUCUACGAUCGUGAUUUGUAUAUGUCAUUACGUUUAUUUAAGACGCUCAUGGGGCACUUUCCCACUUCAAUCACUUUGAAGUGAAGGGUAAAAUGGGACGAUUGCUGGUUGAUUCAGCAUGUGACAAGAACGUGGAUGGUAAGUAUUACAAUCUGCAAUAGCUGUGUAACUUUUAGUCUUCAAUAUUAAUAAAUAACUAGGAGAUACUCUUCUAGUUCCAGACUUUUCCUUUGCACUCACUUCAACCUUAAUCAGAAUUUCAUAAAAAGAAAAACAGGCCAUUCAUGUGAUCAAUGAGGAUACCUAUUUUCAUCAGUUGAUUAUUUGAUCAGAAUAGUACGUAAGCUUUCUAGUUUGUACUCUUCAAGAAAUAAAAUAGCAUCCCUGAGGAGACGUAUAAUUUUAACGCCAUCAGGUAGUUAUAAUAAGCUGCUUUCAUUGACUUUGGGUGGCUAACACUUUAUAAUGAUAUGUUGUGCAAUCUAUGGGAUUUUUCUAAAUCAUUGUGUAAUUUCAAGGAGUGUAAAAUUACUCUGCCGUGGAAGGCACCUUAUCAUUAUGAGAUAAAAUACGUAAAGUUUUGACUACUAAAUUUAUUAAAACUGUAUUUCUUGUUAUUUAUCUACUUUUAUUCAAAAUUUCGUUCAGGUCUGAUUGAAAAGAUUGGCGAGAUUAUCGAGAAACAGGAUCCAAAUGGAACGUUUGAUCUUUCAAACAGAAUAGAGCCGUAUACUGAUGCAACCCUUGUUGCUCUUUGUGAAAGAGGUAGGUUAAGUAAUUUAUCAGGAGCCAGAUACUCCUAUCUGCAAUUAAUUUUUCACCACAUCAUUAAAUGAAUCGACCUUUCGAAAAUCUUUGAAUGAUAAGCGCCUCUGAUACUCCUCUUACAAGCACCUCUUCUAUUACAUAAUGUGAAUAAUUAUGUCUAUCUAUUGCUUUCGUUCUACAACCGUUUGCUUGAGCAUUUUAAGACUACAUCUGCCAACAAGUUGGUGUGUAGAAGUGAACAUCAUCCAGCUCUUUUCAUCAGGAACAGCAUUCUACUCUUAAAAGAUCUACAAUCGGCGACGAAAUUAUUGACUUCGACUAUUUCAGCCCCAUAUUACCUCCAUUUUGUCUCUUUUGUUCUUGUUAAUUAAGUCAACCUACUCGCCCCCCUUCCCGCUAAAUAAAUUUUAUAUGGUGAUUCAUGAUCUUUUAGCUACAUACAAUGAAAUGUGGAAAGGUGUCUUGUCAAUGAAUCAGAGUGUGGUAAAGACAUGCGUGUUAUUCUCCAAAUAAGACUCCCAAAAAUUGAUGUGUCAAGUAAAUCUGACGCUGAUUGUGGAUGUGUCCCUUCUUUAUAAACCAAACAACGCCUACACACCUGGACCAUGUUCAUCAAGCAACCUUCCAAUAAAGUAUCCUGAUUGGAACAACCUUUGGAUAAUCUAACCUUUACAGGGAACAUAUUUGAAACAUAUAGAACCUUUGGGCAAGAUAAAGGAAUAUCAGCGGUGUUCGAGUCUUGAAAAUUUGUAAAAUACAAGCAUUUCAUGCACUUUUCCUUCCCUAUCACAAUUCUGUAAACCUAAUCCGUAUCAGGUCGAUAGCACUAAGAUCUCUCUUUUCAGAUGACUUAUCGUAUUUUCAACGUUUUCAGUUCCAUGGAAAGAUCUUCUUACCAAACGUGCCAUACAGGAGUCUGCACCAUCUGAAGCUGGUGACGUCGGAAAAAGAAUUAUUGAUAUAGUGUUUGAGAAUCCCCACGCAGGGAACUGCAUCGAAGGUGUGUAUUUCCAUCCAAACCAUACGACCUCAUUGGUGACCAAGACAUAAUUUCUCCUCACAAUAUCAACACAAUUUCAAGCAAACAAGUGAUGAGAAUAGAGAUAAAUAUCCAUUUAGAGAUUAUUAACUGAUCCAAUGCUAACUAACAUCGUAAGAAUUGUAUCACGGACUGUGAGGAAAAUUACUUAUAAAAUCUUGGAAGUGAAAAAGUUAAUUCUUCCUGGCAAGGAGAGUUUUGAAUUUGUACACGUACUUCGAUCAGAGGGAUGUCUACAUGUGAUGUACGCCACCGUUAUACUGAUAUGAUCAUAAAAGAAUAAUUUCUGAAUUUCAUUUGUUUCAGUGAAAAUCUACAAGAAGGCUGUGGACGUGAUUAAAGGAGUAAGUAGUCUUAUCGUCAUUGUAUCCAUUUAGUAAGGGCAAUAAUUACAGAUGUGAAUUUGGGAAGUAUUUACCAAUAUCCCUAUUCAUGAUUUUAUGACUAAUGAAUUAUUGGGAUAAAAAAGGUGCUACUUGCUUCUAUAUCAACACGAGGAACCCUCCUCAUCAUGGUUCUAAAAGCAAAGAAAAAGGAAGUUUAAGUUUUUUCGAAAUAUCAGCUCAGAGUCCGGUUUCAUCGGAAUCGCAAUAGCCGUAUAAACUGUAUAAUUGUUUAGCCCUCUAAUUACCAGAUUUUAAAGAGUUUCCGUGGCAAGAAGCAGAUAUGAAUCGGAUAUCACGACUUCUCUGUGUAGAAUGCUACUUUAAAUUUAAGGUUUGCAAUGAUAGAGUACAGCAUUAGGCAUACUGCGGAAAAUUUCUGUUGUUGAGGCACAGGAAGACCACACUAAGGGAGACUCCCAUUUCUCUCUUAAAGGCCUCCGGCUAAAAGUAAAUUCGUAAAAAGACACUUCAAACGGCCCGUGAGGGCGAAAAAAUAACACAGAUGCAUCGAUUAACAUUUCAUUUAACUUUAUUGAGAUAUUCAGACCGAGAAGUAAUUUAUAUAUGCAAACUUCAGAGUUUUAUUCAUAUAUAACCCUCAUAGAUUUUGUUCGUCUCAUGUCAACAAUUAAUAACCACGAACAUUUUAUAACUUCCAACAAUGGACUAAACACUCCAAACACUCCAGCAUUGUGUUAACGCGCUUUAUUUAAGAAGCGAUGUUGUAGUUGCGGUUCGUUCAAAGCGGUUAAAACUAAAAUACAAGCAAAGAAAAGGACGUUACAAAGUGAACUAAACGCAACGGAAAGAUGGACCAAAGCGACACAUUUGUUAGGAGCUGGGGAAAAACUGCACUGGAUGCCGUAGGGCGAAAAAUGACCACUUGGAAAUAGCAAGCGAAAAACCUGACCCGAAAAGGCUUACACGACCUUUAGAUACUAACGAAUAUAUUACAAUAAAUUACUCGACUAACACGCUAGAAUACAUUCCGCACGCACGACGAACUAACAUACAAAAAUCCCAAAGAGCAAAAACAAAAGACACUAAUAAACGGGUGUUUAGGUAUUUACAUAUUUAGUGUGGUCUGCCUGUGGUAGAGGCAAAGGAAGCAGUUUCUUUUUGAAAUGAGUAAAGGACCGGUCAGUAUUUAUCAUUUGGGUUUCUGUUGGGAGUGGGGGGGUUUAGGGGGAUAAAUUUUAAUGAGGGGACGGUUGUGCUAUCAAGAUAAAUUUUUAAUCCUGAUCCCUCCCAUUAUUCUUGUAAAAAUAUUUCUAGUCCCAAAGAAAACAGUCCUAAUAACAGUUAAUACAUUUUCUUCUGGUCAUGAUUGAUCCUCCCGAUUUGCCCCCUUAUAUCCCUUGAAAACCAUGUGGUCACCGAAAGAGUCCUCCAUCCCCCCCAACCCUUCCCCCCCUCCCCACUCGGGGAUAAAUAAUGACUGGUUCCCAACAACCACUUCUGUGCUUCAAAAGCUAACUACGUCGCUGCAUGCCACAAAUGAAACAUUUUUUAUUCUUUUCAGUCUAUCACCCUUCAACACAGCUGGGCAGAAAACCUCAGCGCCCUGAAAGAAGCACAAGAAGGUAAAUUUGAUUAUGAUUACAAGAUAAUCAAAAGUGCUAACCAAUUUUUGCUAACAAGGUUUCUUUCAACUUGAAAGAGAAAAAUGAACAUAUCUCGAUUUGGUUAUUAAACAAAAUCGCAAAGCAUAAAUUAAAGCGCUUCUGGAUUGAGUGACAUAAAAUCAAAACCAAAGCAAUCAAAGUGACCAAUCAGAAUGAAGGAAAAUACCAUUAAGAGCCAAUGAGAACUCAAGUAAGUCCGACUAAACUGUCUGAAGCGCGGGAAAGCACGUGCGAUCAAGUCGUUAAUGGUUUUUAUCUAUGCAUCUGAUUGGUUAGGGGAGUGGCACGAGUUUUGUUAGACCAAUGAAAAGGCGAAGUAAAUACAAAGAAAUCCCAGAUCACUUUCUACCAUCAGUUAAACAUCGCUCCAAUAAACCAAUAAUGAAUAAGGAUCGAAAAGAUCGAUUAAAACAGAUUGCAAAUGAAAAACGUGAAAGAGUUUCUGCUAACCGAAACUUUUGAAGAUGCAUCAACCUUGACUUAGGUCUCUCAGAGGAUGCUUAUGAUCGCAUUGCAGUAAUAUUUCAAACCUGAGUAUUUUUUACUAAAAUUCUGAUUGAAGUGAUCUAUCGCAUAUAAAUUUUGGCUAUUUCAGGAAGUCAUGGGGCCUAGUAACCCUAGUGGCUAUUUAGAUUUGUGUGGACUGUGCUCCCGUACGUUGCAAAAAAAAAUUGUGGUUUCUUUUAAUAAAAAUUGUCGUGGUGCUAAGAGGGAAAAACCCCAAAGGUGACUAUUGAAUUUGUUAUUAGGGCUCGAGUGAAAGUAACUUUUCCUUAUCUUUCUUAUUUUAGCACUGAUCACGGAUGUUGCGUCCCUCAUGCAAAAUGGACUCGUGGCUCAAGCCCGCAGAGCUGUGGGCAAUUACAUAGUCAGCAUCGUGAGAGGAACCUUGGUAGUCAGUCACGUUAUCGAAAAAAAUGGCCUUGAGAAUACUUCUAAGGAGCCUGAAAAGGGGCCUGAAAAGGAACCUGAAAAGGAGCCUAAAAUUAAGGGGCCAAAAAGCGCCAAAAGCGGGGCCAAAAAGGGGCCCAAAAAGGGGGCCAAAAGGGGGGCCAAAAGGGGAGCCGAAAGAAGGACCGAAAGGAGGACCGAAAGGAAGGGGACGUAAGCGUACUUUCUUGCAGCACUUUUAAUUUUGUCCCUGGGUAUGUGUGCGCUUUUUCUUAUUCUUUAUGAAAUAUAAAGGGUUAUGAAUAAAGCUCUUCGUAUGUUAUUUUUAUGUUUUGGUUUACUGAGUUGCGUAAUGUAGCUAAUAAGCUUUACACGAGUAUACAUCAAU